AUGGCGAACGAGUUCAAGGAAAUGCACAGCCACCGGGAUGGCGAUACAACAAUUGAGAGCUUUACAGUGACUGACGAGAAUGCCAGAAACGAGGAAUCAGAUAUCUCAAACGAGAAUAAUACCCCAAUCAGAACCGAAGAACUUAUACGAAGGAGAAGAAGCACCCCGAUCCGAGCUACAGCAACAGGAUCAAAAGCAGUAGCAUGCGGAGGCCCGGCGCCUCGCGCAUUGUCGAGUUCGACGACGGUAGCUGCUGCCAGUGCCAAUUGGGGUGGUACCCGACAUCGAGCUGGGAGUCUGGGUAUUCAGCAGCGGGCAAGCGUCGGUGGACUGGCGAUACGUCAGAAAGGAGCUGUUGUAGUAGUGCCCAGUCGGACGACGGCAGCGGGAGCAAAGACGAAGAGGGAGCUUAGAAAUUUGGAUGUCCGGGCUGGUUCUCGAGAGCCUAGUACUUCUCCUGCGCAGACAGCGGACUCGGAAGCAGGACUCGUUCGAGCACGAGCACCAGGGGGAGGAAAGGAAAGAGGAAGAAAGGCCAUUCAAGUCCGCCGGCGCUUCUACGCAGUAUCGCCAAAGACUAACGCUGUCGUGCACGAAAUUGCGCCUAUUGCUAACCCUAAAGACAACUCUAGCUACAGCUCGACGUUCAACCCGAUCCACGCACCCUGGCCGGGACUAGGCGGGCCCAUCCCCGCCUUACUGAUGCGCGACCCGGAUAGUCGUAGGUUAUGGGCUAUCGGUACUUCGGGAGAGAUAUUGGAGGAUAUCAGACCUGCGGUCGCGGUCGCUGAUGUGUCAGAGGCACAAAGGAGACUUCGUUCAACGGUUUGA